UAUGACGGGAUAUAGCUUUGUGCAAAAUCUCGAAACUUGCCGAUAAAACCUGGGUCCUCCCAAUGACUGAAGGCCAAUGAAUUAUGAGUAUAAUGUGAUAGAAGCCAGAUCAGCAACAUGUGAACCGGGCGACGAGGGGCAUGUUGAGCCUCAGAAGGUAGUACAGCUAUCAGCAUCCCGCGAUGGCUUUAGCACACACAUAGCCAAUUACGCUAGUAAAUGGUAAGAGUCCAUAGUUAGCGCAGUCUUGAAAUCAUGUAUAAAUUGCAUGCUGAAUUGUCAGUCCUUCAGAGACUUGGAGAGUAGACACCGGCUGUUCGUUUUGAUUGAUAGUGAUUGCUCUUGAACGUUGGACACUCCUUUUAUCAAGGUAUGAGAAACAUUUUCUUUCUAUUUCUAUUAGAUUCUUUCGCCACCGCUUUUCCCACACAGAAGGUUGUCGGCCACCCAGAUAUAUGAUCGUCCUCUGAAAACAGACUAGCGCUUGAAGGCAUUUUACUUCCACCUGUUUGCCCAAAACUCCACUUCAUCAUACCCUUGUCUACCUCUCGAUAUCAGCUUUUCUUUGAUUUGGUAUGCUGCUUUGAUCGAAGUCGUGUGUACCCAUCCGCUGAUGCUGGUACUUCCCAGUCUUACACAGUUUUCGGCUCGCAAAUGCAAUUUCCUCCCAUCGAACCCGCUUCCAAGUGACUAUUAGACGAAGACGGAACACACUUUUUUACUUCGAACGAGAGGAAAUUUGGCAAUUUAAGGACCGAAUUGUACGAGAGAGGUGACGAACGCCACUGACAAAAUUGGUCGUCGAAGAUGGAAUCGAUUUUCAAUUGGAGACAAACACGACCUGACUAUGCCUGGGGAUUCCCGGGAGCCUCUGCCGGUCUUAAAGAGACGAGGUCGCAGUCACAUAUGGAUAGAGCUUAUAUGCAGUUUCCGCUAGCUCAUCCAAAAGAUGUUGCUUCGGGGCUUAGCAUCAACAUUCCAGAUGCGAUCUGGGCAUCCAUCGCCGCAAAACCAGCAAAUACCGAUGCCAAAGAAAUCCGUAGAUUGUGGGAUAUCAUCGACAAGUUGCUAGACCACCAUCGGGUCUCGCUACUCCAAUACAACCAGGCACGCUGGCAUGAAGAGGUCCACAUUAAACUACGUGCUGCUACCCAAACCCCACAUGAUCCGUUCACAAGCAACCCGAACGAUGAUGGUUUUCGAUACCUGCCACCUGGUCUGAACCGACGCAACAACUAUUCCCCUGUACAUCCCUUCAACCCAAUGGGUCCAUCGUCUCCGACCAAACGACGCAGCCCGAUCGAGCAGCCUGUCAUGGACGGUACUCGUUCUGUUGGCCGACAGAAACCCAAACACAAACGUACCGAAACGCCCGAGCAGCUUCACCUCAAGCCGUUCAUCCAGAAACCCGUUUAUACAGUGGGGAUUGAUCCUCAAUCCAGCCGUGGUCUCCUUCACGACUAUUUUGAGGAUAUUCGCAAGUGGGCAGGCUUUUACAUUAGAAAGCCAAGCGCUGGAGGCAUGGAGCAGUGUCCCGCACUGACCGAGAUCACUUCCAUGCUGGAAGGGCGGUCGGAUGUACAGGACAUGCUUGCAGAUAGCGAGACGCUCAAAGACAUCUUCACUGGCUGUACGUAUAACCUUGGUACAACGCGGAACUAA